UACAAAAAGUUGAUCUAUUCUAAAAAGAGUGAGUCAUUGACAAGUUUUUCAAGGUCAGAGAUAGUGUUGGCGUCAUAGCGAUACGCUGGUGCGAACAGCUGGGUUCUAAGCGAUACAACUCAUAACCAAAACGCUCGUAAAGAGGUCUAGCCUUUAAUUUGGAUCAGAAGUGAAACUGUGUGUAAAUUUUGUAUGCAAUAGAAUUGCAGUAUAAUUCACGUGUCAAUCAGAAUGUCUCCCAGUCCAAAAUCUCCGGUGUUGUUCCGGCUAAUAUGCGUUCGUCAUGGAGAAACUAAUGGCAACAAAGAAUAUAGAAUUCAAGGCCACAUGGACUGCCCGCUCAACGAUCUGGGCAAGGAACAGGCAAGAAGGGCUGGCAAAGCUCUAUCCCAUUACAAGUUCAACAGAGCCUACUGCAGUGAUCUACAGCGGACUGAACUAACUGCUAGAUUCAUCCUGGAGAAUUCAAGCAUGGAGUCACCACCACCCCUUGUGGUAGACCCUCGUCUAAAAGAACAGAAUUUUGGUUGGAUGGAAAACAUGGUUUACGCUGAUGUGAUGAAAGAGCUCAAGAAGCAAAACAUCUCCUCAUUAGCAGAUUAUAAAUUUGAUGAUGGUGUUGCUGAACCAAGAUCUGCUGUAAUCAAUCGGGUUGUUAACUUCUUCACGACCCUCUGCCAAAGUGUAUAUGAUAAAAACAGAAAUUCUGCUUGUGAAGAGGCUUCGUCUGUAGAGUUACCAGCAAUGGCUGACUCCACUGCCAAUGGAGAACAUGUGCAGGCAGAGGAGCUGACCAGGGAGAAUAUCAGAGAAGAAGACAUUUGUGAGACCAUACUGGUAGUGAGCCAUGGGGCAGCCCUGCGCUUCUUAUAUAAACAUAUGAGCAAUAACCUGAAAUGCAUCUUCCCCAGCACAUUGGAAGUGUACCCUCGGAACACGGGUUUCUCAUCCUUCCUUGUCAGAUAUUCUCCAAGGAACUAUGCUGUUUUGUGUGAAGAGUACAACACUGCAGCUCACAUCGAUGACAUCUCCUUGUAGUCACACAGGAAUCUUGGACAAAUAUGGCAUUUCAGGAUUUUAGUCAACAAAAUUUACUGUUCUGCAAAGCAGAUUUGCAAUUGAUAAACAUCAAUAUAUUUAAUGAUGCUGGAAUUUCGUCAAUGCUGAUGAAUCUUUGUUGUAUUGGGCUAAACAAGAUGUGUUUUAAUUCAGAUUAACGUUCUAAUCGAAUCUUGCAAUUUGUGUACACAUGUUCAUGUUUUGUAAGUAGCUUACACACAUACAUUAAAUAGCCUAAAAAAUUAUCAUAUACAAAAAUAUAAUAGGCGACGUUUACAAUUGGAGAGGAUUUAACAGUAUCAUAUUCAGUUUGCAGCUGCAGUUAGAUAUUUCAAUUUGCAUUGAAAUAGAUACUCGUCUCUAAAUCUUCCAUAUAUAUUCAUGAAUGAAUUGUGUCAAGUUAACCUGACGUUACUGUUGCAGCCUGAAAUGUCGAAGGCAUUUAUAAUACUCUCGACUAGAUUAAAAGCAACCUUGUUUCCUGGGUUCACUUGGUAUUUGGAACAAAUUUAUUUAUGAUAUAAUUUUUGAAUAUCUUAGAAUCUCGUAAUAUUUAUCAUCAGAUGACGUUGACUCGAACUAUUCUGGUAAGUUUCUUACUGUUCCAUAACCUAAUCCAUUCAAUCCUAUCGCUCUAUUUCUCUGGAUGUCUGCAGAUGUUUUCAAAUUUUGCAGCUAUGAAGUGUAAUAGUAAUUUACAAGGAAAACCAGUUAUUACUUCCUACACCUAUGAUUAAUUCGUAUUAAUGUAUUUUUAUGUUUGGUACUUUACAUAUUGAUGUAUGCUGCUCACCUUGAUCGCUUGAUUUGGGUUUAUAUUAUUCGUUCUUAUAGAUGUAGCGGUCAAUCAUAUUUGUGCUGUCUAGCUCAUAUUCAAGCUUAUAACUUUCAUGGCUGAACAUUUGAAUUUUGUAUUGAGAUUACUUUAGGAAUAGGCAUGAUGUUGGAAAGAAAAGUUAUAAAAGGCUUCAGAAGUUCUUGGCUAACAUCACAAACACCUGGAAAAAGAUUGUAACACAGAAGUGAACAUUGAAGACCCAUUGCCUCAUAAAUGCAAACAUUGUGGUUUUUAGAGUUGCAAUAAUUGCAAUGAAUACAAGUGAUUCUCUGAACGGGAUGCUCGUCAUUCUUGCAUGUCAUAGAAAUUUAUUGUGGAAAGCGGACUCAAUUUCAAGUUUACUUUAAACAAUUACAAUUGCAUUGAAGUUCCCUCGUUCUAGGAUCCUUGAAAUUAUAUUUUUAGUAAAUUAUAUUCUUUUCAUUUUGAUUUCAUCAUAGUAGGUCUCGUGUCACCUUGAAAUCGUCCUAACUCUUACGUAUUUAUUGAAACCUUCAUAUUAUUUAACUUUUUUUCUCUCUAUCUGUAGCAAUAUCAGGAUAAUGUCCAGAACAUUACCUUGAUGUUUUCACUAAUAUAAGUUUAAUGCUUUCUGUGGUGGAAAGUUGAUAGUUGUAAAGGGAAUAAGUUUAUCCAUAACUUGUCAAUUGAUUUAUACCGUGAUAGUUGAAUAUUGAUUUUCAAGCUGUCUUGUUGCCCACAAAAGUAAUGGGCUUUACCCUGAACAUUCAAUUGACCAUGCUGACAAUAUGAAUAUUUGGUAUAGUUGUUAGUAGAGUUCUGCAAUUUUGACGGCUAACUUUAAUUCAUCUUUAGUGGUUGAUUUUGCAAACUAUCCUGCUGGCUUUGUUAGAUUCCCAGACAAAUUUCAAGGGAAUGCUCUGGAAGGAUUGCGCUGGAUAUUUGAAUCUUGAUAAUAGUACGUUUCAUGUUUUUAGUUAAUCAUAGUUAUGAUUUAUCAAGUUAAUGUGAUGAUUACUUGUCGCCUUGCCGAAGCAUAUAUAAUGAUUGGCCAUACUGAGCUUGUCUCGUCGCAAUUGAAAUUUUCGAGCCAACAUUGGAAAAUACUUGAUUUUAUUGUAUUUUACGUUCGGUUUUCUCAACUCUUGGUAAAAUGUUAAUGUUCACAUGCCGAGUCGAUUUUCUGCGGUUCGCCAGAAUGGCAAAUAAACAAGUUCCUU